UACCAACAAAAUUCUAUAAGAAAUCUAUAUAAAAAAUGAGUUUGAACCGAUCAGAUGAGAUUUGACCGAGUUAUGGGGGUGGGAAAUAUUGACGGGAUUUUUAGCUUUGUCUGUAUAAGAUUUGAGGGUACCACCUUUACAUGAAUUUUGACCUAGAAUAGGUUCGGCAGAUUUAGAUGCCAAAAUGAUUAAAAGGGCAAACCAUGAACAAAAAGCAAAAUCUUAUGAAAAUCAGACGAGAUUUGAGAUUUAUAGAGGUAGGAAAUAUUGACCUAUGUCUAUAUAGGAUAUUUGAGGAUACCAUUUCCUUAUGAAUUUUGACCAAGAAUAGUGUUGCCAGAUAUAGAUCCCAAUCAAUCAACAAAGACCCAAGCCUCUGUCGUAAGUACAUCCAGAAUUUCAUGUUUAUUAAUAUUCUUACUUAAGGACAGACUAAACUGAAUAUAAGCAUGCAUUUUGUUUCGACUGCCGGGAACUUCUGGCUUCUGCUUAUAUUAUCUGGUUAGCACAUGGCGAAAAUAAAAGCGAGAGAGCAAGAAAGAGAAUGAGUCUUUAUCAGUUUAAAAGAUUGCUACAAACAAACGUUAUCUGAGCGAUAGCCAAAAAGUCUAGCGUAUUGUGUAUGUUUCAGACCCCAACCGUUCUAUUUUAUGUAUACAUCAAUAGCGCGCUAGCUUAGAGUAAGACGCUACGUGGAACUCAUCAGAAUGAAUAACCUGCCAGUAAUUCAACAGUUGGGUCAAGUAAUUGAGCCAGCACUUAAUGGCGGUAGCCUCUAUUCGUAUGAAGUAGAAAGCUUAACACAGCCGGGUGAUAAUUAUGGCAGUGUUUUAAUAUCCAUUCGAGCCCAAAUAAAGUGCCCCGACGGUAAGCUGUUUGCUAAGCGGUUUGUAGCGAAAGUGCCACCCACAGACCCAAAACAGUGGCAAUUUAUACAGCCCGAACGCACCUGUUUGGCAGAAAUUGCAAUUUACGAGAGAUUAGCACCUGCAUUGACCACUUUACAGGAGGAGGCAGGCACACCCAAAGACGCACAAUUUGAUGGCUUUGCGCAGUAUUUUGGCUCACGCAUAUCCCUUAUCCCAAACGCAAACGUUGUGGAUAAGGACGCAAUAUUGGUGUUGGAGGAUCUGCGGGACAGCAACUACGUGCCGGGACAGAGGUUAAAGCCUUUUGAUUUGCUCCAUACACAUGUGGUGCUAAGGUAUAUGGCGCAAUUCCAUGCUCUGACUAUUGCUCUACGAUUGAAGAACCCUAAUGUAUUUGAAAUGGAACUUAGACCGUUCUUUCACAAGUUCGAUUGGCAUGCAGCCGCGCCGGAAACGAAAGCAACGAUGAUAGCGGAAACAUUAGUGGAUAUUGCGGAAGCAACUGGCAACGAUCAGACAGUGAUAGCGCAUGUUAAAAAGCUGUCAACUGAAUUCUUUAGGUUUCUAGCAGCACCGCCCAUCGAAGAUAAUGCAUUUAAUAGUGUAAUCCACUCAGAUUUCUGGACAAUGAACCUAAUCUUCAAAUAUGAUAAAUCUGGCAAGCCGACGCAAUUAAAAAUAAUCGAUUUCCAAACCGCGCAGUAUGAUUCAGUUAUACACGACCUUAUAUCAUUUUUGUUUACGAGCGUAUCAACGUUCGUACUAGAAGAAAACUACGAGAAUUUACUGAAAUUCUACUAUGAUGUCUUUCUUGAGACUCUUACUAGAAUGGGUGCAAAUACAACUGUGUACAGUUACGAGGCGUUUGAUGGUGAGUUGAAACGCAUCGCAUACAUUCAAGUGCCUCACUCUAUAUUCAUGACUCGAUUCAUUUUGGCGGAUGAAGUCUCUUCCACUGAAAAUGAGCUCGAACUAUCUCAGGUGCUAAAUACCACUAGUUCGAAGCGGGUGCAUCGGAAAUUAAUUGAAAUUUUGCGGUUGGCACACAAAUUUAAUAUAUUAUUUUUGGAGUAAUUGCUUUGUUUUUAGCCGAAAUAAUAAUAUCCCCCUAAUGAUGUCUGAUAA